GGUCCCAGCACAGACUCAGAAACAGUCACCAUGGUGCUGUCUGCCGCCGACAAGACCAACGUCAAGGCCGCCUGGGGUAAGGUUGGCGGCAACGCUGGCGAGUUUGGCGCAGAGGCCCUAGAGAGGAUGUUCCUGGGCUUCCCCUCCACCACGACCUACUUCCUCCACCUGGACCUGAGCCUCGGCUCCGCCCAGGUCAAAGCCCACGGCCAGAAGGUGGCCGACGCGCUGACCCUCGCCCUGGAGCACCUGGAAGACCUGCCCCGCGCCCUGUCGGCUCUGCGCCACCGGCACGUUCGCGAGCUGCGAGUGGACCCCGCCAGCUUCCAGCUCCUGGCCCACUGCCUGCUGGUGACCCUCGCCCGGCACUUCCCCGGGGACUUCAGCCCUACCCUGCAGGCCUCGCUGGUCAAGUUCCUGAGCCACGUGAUCUCGGCGCUGGCCUCCGACUGUCGCUAAACCCGGGCUCGGUGGGUGCGGGGCCCCCCGGCUGCCCCUCCCGCGAGGUUCCAGCGUCGGAGUAAAGUCCCCGAAAGCAAGCCCGGUGCGCGUGAGAGUGUUCUCUCCGGCUUGGCGGGUGGGCGUCUGCCCCCCAGGGGAAGAGAGGGGUCUGGGAGAGCCUGAGCCACAGCCGUCACUGUCACAUCCGGGCACCCUGGGUGGUCGAGGGAGAGGGUUCAGGUCGCCCCCACCCCUGGGGCCUGAGGCGAGUUUGGGAAGGCGGGUCCCAAAGCCCACGUCGUAACCCGUGACCCACAUGCCCUAGGCUGCGGCCACAUCGGGGCGCAGGCGUGCGGCUCCAGCCCCUCGGGAGUAGGGUGGCAGGUCCCUGGCGAGGCCGGACCUCCCGGGGCUGCUCGCUUCGGACUCCUCUGGGACCCGGGCCAGCCGGGCUGGUCCCUCACCCGCCGAGAGCCCACGGCGGGGUCCCGGGUGCGCAGGGCGCGGCCCCCGAAAACUUAGGGAACGGCGCCCCCUGCCGGCGCAGACCGGGACCUGCGCAGGGCCCAACUGGCCCGACCAUACCCAGCGGCUCUGGAGGGGUACUGGGGCCUUCGGGAAGCCAGCAGGCUUGGGGGGAAGGCCCCCGCUUGCCAGACUCGACAUGCUGGGAGGAGGUGGGUCCUGCCCCAGCACCCAGUCAUGUAGCAGACAAGGUGCGCCAGGGCGCCAGCCAGGAGCCCGACCUACAGCCCACACUUCAAAGAAGACAGAUGUCAGAGCUUCUUUUGAAAAACUGUUCUCGUAAAAUCAAUCACGGUCCUUGCAGAAACUUCAGAAAAUAACCAAUGCACCUUCCUGGGUAUCCCCGUGGGUCCAGUACAUCCACUAUUCCUC